GCGAGCCACUCGCUCCAAGCAGCUCUGCCACCCUUUCCACAUUGGGUUAACCGCGAACCGCUAAAUCCUUUCGCGGGGGAUGAUCGUAGGGCGCGGGUCUUACGCGGGGGAUCGUCGCGGGUCCUCCGCGGGUCCUCCGCGGGUCCUCCGCGGGGGUAGUCGCGAUCCGCAACCAUCCCCAGCGAAAGGACUUCGUGUUUCGCGGUUGGCAUAGCUGCUUGGAGCGGCUCGCGACCGGCCGCUCGACGACCGACCGCUCGACCACCGACCGGUCGGUGCUCGGUCGGUGGCUGAAUUCGGACACACUCUAGGUUUAGAUAUUUGACAUGAUAUUUGGUCAGUUUCACUGUGUAGGGUGGUAGAUUCAAGAAAAUCAGCUUGCAAGUGCGAGCUUAAUCAAAGAGCUAUGGACGAUGUCGAUUUUGAACCACGUAAGAGAAGAGCUGCUGCGAAACCAUCGGUCAAAGAUCUGUCGGACUCUGAGGACGAUGUGCCCAAGAAACGGACGAAGAGGAGAGGAGGCUCGGAGGACGAAGAUUAUCGUGACUCUGCAGAGGGAUCGACCAAGCGGCCGAGGACGAGAGCUCCUCCCAAAACCAAAGCACCCAGGCCCAGGGCUCCUCCGAAACAAAGACUGAAUAUUAAGAGUGACACUGAAAAGGAUGACAUUCAACGAGAGCGACGCACCGCUCGAGAGGAAGACUUUGCUCAAGGGUCUCAUCAUGAGCAAGCAACGGCAGAUCUUGUGGAGUCAACCGAACGCUAUGACAGAGACGAUGACAUGGAGAUUGGUGAAAGUAGCUCUAGUUCUCAUCAGAAUCCCGCCCCAGAGACUGCGUCUCGCUCAACGUCACAUGUGGAAAUGGCAUGGAAUGAGGCAGACCUCUUGGCACAGAAUGAAGGGCUUGACAACUGGGUGGCACGGAACCUUGUCAAGCUUUUUGAAGGAGAUAACACAAUACCAUUUAUUGCCCGGUAUCGUAAAGAAAUGACUGGAAAUAUGGAACCAGAGCAGCUUCGACAUGCCAAGGAAACAUUUGAAGAAUUGAAAGUUAUCCAGCACAAGGCAGCAACAAUGAUCAAAAAUAUUGAUAAACUGGGCAAAAUGACCCCAACUGUACGGAAAUCAAUUGUCUGCGCCAAGAGCCUCAGUGAACUUGACUUAAUUAAUACACCUUUCAAAGCUGGCAGUAAGAGAACUUUGGCCGAACGGGCCCGCCUCUUGGGAUUGGAUCAGGCAGCUCAGAUUGUUUUGGAAGGCUCUGACUACAUUUCACUGUCUCAUUUCAUUAAUAGAGACAAAGAAGGUCUCAGAGACAACAAAGAAGUGCAGAUAGGAAUUCAGCACAUCUUAGCUGACAUUAUUAGCAAGGACAGAGGAGUAUUAGAUUUUAUCACAGAACUGAAAAAGACUGCCAAUAUUCGACUUGAAAGUAGUAGAGCAAGGGGCACUGUGGCCAAAGAGCUAGCUAAAGGAUCUAGCAAAGAAAAAUCUAAUGCCAAAAUGAAAUCAUUCUCUGCUGCUGAAAAGCAAAAAAUGCAGUCAAAGGCAGAUGAAGAAAGUAAAUAUCGUAACUACUUUGAGUUUGGAAUGAAUGUCAAGUAUAUCAAACCACAUCAGGUACUAGCAAUAAAUCGAGGGGAAGCCCAGAAAGAGCUCUCAGUUCGGCUGGUUGUGCCUGAAUUCGUUUUGGACAAGAUGAUAUUAUUUUGCAAUAGACAAUGGCUUUCUAAAGGGGUCCAGUAUGACCUCAGAAGCACUCUUUUCAACGAUAGUGUAAAAGAUUCAUACAGUCGCCUCAUUCAGCCUCUUAUUGUCAGGCAAGUUCGAGCAGAACUGAAUCAGAAUGCUGAGAGGGCCUCCAUUGAAGUGUUUGCUGUGAACUUAAAAAAACUUCUGCUGAUGCCACCUUUUAGAGGCCGUGUUGUACUUGGUAUUGAUCCAGGAUUUCGAAAUGGAUGUAAGGUUGCUUUGAUUGAUUUAGCUGGUAAUGUAUUAGAGAAAGGUGUGUUUAAUCUUAACUGUGGCAAAAGAACAUGGGAUUUAAGAGAAGAUCCAAAUGCUCUCUGGCUAAGAAAGAUAAUGUCAAGGCACCGGUGUGAGGUAAUAGCCCUUGGAAAUGGCACUGCAUGUAGAGAGACAGAAGAAUAUUUAAGUGAGCUGUUCCAGACUGAUUUCUUUAAACCUCUUGAUGUCUCUUACACAAUUGUUAGUGAGCAGGGUGCUAGUAUUUACUCUUGCUCUAGUGAGGCAAAAGUUGAGUUCCCUGAUUUGGAACCAAAUAUCAUCAGUGCAGUUUCUAUUGCAAGGAGGCUUCAGGAUCCAUUAGCAGAGUUGGUAAAAGUGGAGCCCAAACAUUUAGGAGUUGGUAUGUAUCAACAUGAUUUAUCAGAGAAGAAGCUCUCCAGUACUCUUGAUGAAAUAGUUGUGGAGUGUGUGAGUUUUGUUGGGGUGGAUCUUAAUACAGCUCCUCAUUGUCUUCUCAGGCGUGUAGCUGGUCUCAACUCUAGCAGAGCUGAGAAGAUUAUAGAAUAUAGAAAAAAAAAUGGUCCCUUUUUCUCUAGAGAUGAGGUGAAAAAAGUUAAAGGCGUUGGAGAAAAAUCUUUUGAACAGUGUGCAGGUUUCAUAAGAAUAAUUCCCGAAACUAUUGGACUUGAGACUGCUGCACGUAAAUGUAAUCCUUUGGACAUGACUUGGAUUCACCCAGAAUCAUAUGGCUGUGCAAGCAGGUUCCUGAGUUUUUGUCAAGUGAAGACAGAGACCAUUGGAACUCCAGAGACUAUCAGAGCCAUUUCAAAGGCAAUUUCUACCGCAGGGGGUAUUAAAUCAUUGGCUCAAAAGUUGGAUUCAAGUGAACCAUUAGUGAAACUUAUUGCUGAGGGUCUACAGAUGCCGCACAAUCAUGAUUUCCGUUCCGAAUUUGAAAAACCUUUGUUCAGAAAAGGCCUCACUUCCAUUAAUGAGUUGCACGGUGGUGACAUACUGACAGGGAGAAUCACAAACACUACUCACUUCGGAGCUUUUGUUGACAUUGGAGUAGGUCAAAAUGGACUGAUACACAAUAGUGGGAUGGGUGGGAAGCAUCCUCAGUUUGGAGAUAGAGUACAAGUGAAAGUACUUAAUGUUGAACUGAACAGACAGAGGAUUGGGCUUCAGCUCCUAGCAAUCUUAUAGGCUCUCCAAACCAGUUAUUGUGGGUACUACCUCUUGGCACUACUCUACUUAACGCCACUACAUCAGUUUGUUCAGCAGCACAGCGCGGUGGAGGGGGGCAUCGGCAGGAAGGGUGACCAGCCAACCAUGACAACAUGACGCCUCGGGGUUCGGGGUGGUUGUUGGGGUGGUUCUAGAAGAAGAGGCGCGUUUGUUCGGAGGGCUACGCACUGCCGUCUUCAAAAGGCUCCGCAGCCCUUGUACACAACAAUAUGUAAUAUACCCGACCUUACCUCCAGCUCGACGUGCGUAAGUGUCGUAAGGUAUGGCCUUCCCCUUCGCGUAAUAAUUUGAAUUGCCCGCCGGUAAGCUCACUUUAACUGUUCGCCGAUAGAUGGCGAUUCCAUGUUGAGGUGCACCUUGUUUUGCUCGCGGAUCAUCCGCAUACCCAGAUAAUUUGUAUACUGUGUGGUGUUUCUUGGAAACCUGUACCGUCCUUGUCUGGGGGAGCAUUAUGUUCAAUGAUUGUCUAGAGAGAACAUAGCUGCUGACACCCAUUAUUAAAUUAGCGCAUCCAAUCUUGUGAUUCGGGUGCAAUUUUUGGAAGCCCCUUUACUUUAUAGGGGGCAAAGUUGCAAACUCAAAUUCCUGCAUAAUGAAAUGAACAUAAACAAACAUGAUUUUA